GGGGUCCAGUCAGACAACUGAUCACUUGCUGAUUGAGCAGGCGUCUGAGAAAAAAGGACUCUGCAAAGAGAGAGAGAAAUAAAGGGGGGUUGGGAGAAUCCUUACUCAAAGCUCUGUACACAUUUAUGAAACAACUGUUGUGUAUAAGAAAGGCUGCCAGUGCUGCCGUAUAUCCCUGAAAUCCAAAAUGAGGACCCUCCUGACCCUCCUGAUAGCUGCCAUUGUGGUGACUGCAGCAAGCGCACGAUCCACCUGCCGUCCAGGUGAGUUUGACUGUGGAGAUGGCACCUGUGUGCCCAAAAUAUGGCGAUGUGACGGAGACGAAGACUGUCCCAACAAGAAGGACGAGAAGGACUGCACGGAAACUCUGACCGACACACCCUGCAAGGAAAACCAGUUCCGUUGUCAUGGCUACAACCACUGCAUCCCCAAACACUGGGUGUGUGAUGGACAGGGUGACUGCAGGGAUAAGAGUGACGAGAAGAGCUGCAGUGAGACCACCUGCAAGCCGAACCACUUCAAAUGUCACGGUAGCGGGCGCUGCAUCUAUCCUCACUGGGUGUGUGACGGGGAAGCAGACUGCAGGGACAAGAGUGACGAGAGGAACUGCACCAAUGUCGCUUGCAAGGAUAACCAGUACAAGUGUGGGGACGGCCGCUGUAUUCCUCAAAAGUGGGUCUGUGAUGGAGUAAGCGACUGCAGGUGCAGAAGUGACGAGAGAAACUGCACCAGCACCGUGUGUAAGGACCACCAGUUCCAGUGUAAGGGGGACGGCCGCUGCAUCCCCAAGCACUGGGUGUGUGAUGGACAGAGCGACUGCAGGGACAAGAGUGACGAGAAGAGCUGUGCCGAGGCAACCUGCAAGGAAUCUAUGUUCAAGUGCCAGGGAGACGGCCGCUGCAUCCUGGGUCGCUGGGCCUGUGACGGAGAGGCCGACUGCGCCGACAAGAGUGACGAAAAGGGCUGCUAGAUGCUGAAGAGGUGACUUGCGGCUCUUCUGUGGACAUCCCUGGAAGUGUCGGAAAUACUCUGUACCUGAUUUUUUACUAUAAAGCAUUUUCCUCUA